GUUCAAGCAGGCAUCUCGCGCGCGAUGGGCACCAUGUCUGCUUGCCCCGCUGUUCGACGCAGGGUCCGGGCCGCUGCCUUGCCGGCGCUGCUGGCGGCCGCGUCGUGGUGCCAGAGCAGCUGCUCCUUCGCCGCCCCGGUGUGGUACGGGGCCGCCGCACCUCCGAGGGAGCGCCGCGACAAGAAGGUGGAGUACCUGCCGGGCGGGACGCCCGCGGACGUGACUGAGAAGGCGGAAGUCCAGUGGUGGGAAGGGCAAUCCAGAACGCUCGAGCAGGAUCUCCAGGCGCGAGAGACCUUCGAGCACAUCGAGGUGCUCCGGACGAGCAUGACCGAGGAGGAUCUCAAGUUCGACCAGGAGAUAGAGAACGUCAUUAUCUCAGGAAAGCGCGCGCUGCUCCGCCUCAGGAUGCAGGUUGCGGCCGAGAUGCCAGGCAUCCAGCGGCACCUCUUCAGGAAGAUCAAGAAGACGAUCGCCAGGGCGAUGACACUGCGCCGCCAGCGGGAGAUCGCGCGGGGCGUCACGAAGGAGCAGAGCCGGAGGAUGCGCCGCAGGAAGCGCCUGGAGGUCAAGAUGCAGUACGAGAUUGCGUACGGCAGGGAGGACCAGCGCAGCAAGUCGCGCAGGUGGCUGCGGCACAUGGGCAGGAUCGUGUGAGCGGGGCCCGGUGGGCACAGCUUCCCGCCGCGGGCGGGGAAGGCGAUGGGGGGAGCCCAGCCUUAGACUGAGAGAGGGGGGUGGGGUCGAAGCCUGCUGCAUGCAGCUGGUUUCGGCUCCCCCGUUCCGGGCGCCCUGCUCGCUGCACGGGCGCUCCAGGCGCGGAGAAGGCCAGCCGCGCGAGUCGGCUCGCCAACCCCUGACAUCCGCCGAGGCUGUGCGUUUUUCGAUGCGCGGCCCCGACCGCCGCCCACGGGGCCAGCUUGCGUCCCGGAUCCCAUGUCUCUGGG